AUGAAGGGCCGCCCAGUUGAUCAACUCGUUUACGAGUGCAUGUUUCCCAAACCCCGAACAAGCGAUCCACAAAACUUCCAUACUCUCCUUCACCGAAGCCUUAUUCCCGAAGUCCGCCAGGAAGUCCAUUCCUUCUAUGGCCAUCUUGAUACCCAAGAAGCCAAGUACCCAGGCCUCGACUACACCCACCGUAUUCAUCGUAUACGACUCAGUCGCUGGCCAUGGCAUCGUCGCCUGUUUAGGGCAUUUGAUGCCUUGCGCCUAACUAAUUCCGAGAUUGCAAAUCUAACCAAAUGGGAAGGUACAAGAUGGGCCAAGGAGCGGUUCGAGAGGGAUUCUGGAAUCGUCAUCCAUGAUACAGCUUUUGAUGACAUUUCCGAAUGGGUCGAGCCUGAGGAUAGACCACAGACGGCACGAGCAACGCAGACCCAGACUGCGGUGGACAGCACGGCAACAGUAGAUGAAGAUAUGGAAGGUGAGGAGGAAGAGGAAGAUAGUGAUGGUGAACUUACGAGCGUUGGUGUCGCCUUAAACGAACGCCUUCGUGAACGAGCUGCACGCCACGAGGCUGGGGAUACUUCAUUGCCCCUAGACGAAGAAUGGGAGCAGUGGUUAAAGAACGCAAUCGAGUCUGGCGAACUUCCAUUCCUCACAGAGCAGAUCGUACGAGAAUCCAAUAACCUCACCCUCACUCCGCAAACACUUUUCCCACCACGAAUGCUCAAUGCGGCACGAGCUGGCCAUUGGGGCGAGAUCCCGGACUUCCUUCAUGGCGUACUCCGAUAUGCCCUAGAAAAUGAACCACUGAGUAGAGGCCAAGAAUCACCGACACCGAAUAGAGGCCAAGAGUCACUGACACCGAUAUCGGGCGAGCGUCCAUCACAGAGAUCAUCUGGAGAUAUACUGCAGAGGCUUUAUUUGGCAAGGGAAAGGGAGACGAGGGAACGAGAGACAAGAGAGCGAAAUUGGCGUCGCAACUAUUCAGAUUUACGGCUCCCAGCCAGUGAAUCAUCUACCACUACCAAUAAUACCUCAGAAGUGCGUCUACAGCGGACCGCCCAGUCCGGCACUCAAACCUACAUCUCUCUUCCAUAG